UUACUAGUAAAUACCUGCGCGCUCAUCGGUGAAAAAAGUAUUAUUAUCAGCGGUUUUUCCCAUUUUUCAAGAUGGCGGCUCCCGGGCUGAGAAAUUGUUUUCUACUUAGUCGACCCACGAGAUCAGCAUGCUUCCAUUUCCGCUCUGUCAGCCUUGCUUCCAACCAUCACGCGGGGCAGAAGUUUAGAGUAAGCCAGGGUAAAGCCCCAGAUGCGUUGAGUUAUGGACCCCUGACUGACCUCCCAGACUGGUCAUUUGCAGAUGGUCAGUCUGCACCAGAAACCAAAAGACGACAGCUAAGACUCAGGCGGCGCCUGGAUGUUGCUGCAAGAAUCAACAAAUUGUUGACUGAAGUAGAUGAGGCUAAAGAGAAAAGCAAGGGGCAAAGCUAAUGAUGUGCUUGAUUUUAUAACAGUCCUUAGGACUAAUGCAUUCAAAAUGCAAGGAGGUCUUUACUGGCUCAUUCCAAAGUAGCACCAUACAGGAGAGGCUUGAACCACGUCAUGUGUAAUAUAAACUAGUGGACAGAACGUACAGUACAAUCAAUUUGGUUACAGAACUUUGGUGUUGUAGCAGUGAUGUUUUUAUGUCACUUUCUUACAAAGCAACCAAGGCAUAGUGGCAAAUGGGGACUGUAUUAUAAAUGCAUAAUAUAUAGAUUAUUACGGUUUCAAUCCAAGUAAUUCUGGCUAUUGUAAAUAAUACUGUGCCUUAUAAAGUUGAAUAUAAAAAAUAAACUAAGCAAGUCUGA